AUGUCUGUCAUACAACACUUUGUUAUGAGAAAAUAUUUGUGUCGUGGGUUGUAUAUACAUUUUCGGCUUCUUGCUAUCAACUUACACCUUGUUUUAAAUACAACACAAGAUAGAGUUCGACAUGAUCAACAUCUGCUGCGCAUGCAGUUGCUGGUACACCAAACCACAACUACACGAACAUACCAAGAACAUGAUCGACUACAUGUGGAACAAGAGCAGCAUGAGCAUAUCACCUAUAGGGUCCCUCUCCCUUCUUGCACAGUCAUGAUUCUAACAACUAAUUCUAAUAUCACAGGUCGGAGGACGAUAUAGAUAUAGAACAGCCACCAGCAUAUGAUUAUCUGUAUUUAUGUACAGCAACAAAAUAAACCAGCAGCACGUUGUAUUCCUAGGUCAACAACAUUAUCGUCCUCGCAGACAUCGACAUCCUCGACGCCUCGCCCGGUCACAGACAAGAACAUGCGCCUUCGCUGGUGAUGUUCCCAUGAUAAUGAUGUUGAAGUUGUAGAAUCACUAGUAGAAGAAAGUAGUAGAGCUACUACCAAGAGUAGAUGAUGAAUGAAUCUUGUCGUUGAAGAAUUGUCAACAUGAAAAUUAGGGAAACUCAACCUCUCCUCUAACGACGAUAACACAACAUUGUUUCUGUUAUUGUGAAAAAACUAUAAAAAAAAUUGGGAAGUGAAUUUUUUAAGUUCAUCUUGGCUCUAUGAUCUAUGAUUGAAUGAGUUGGCUCUUCUUCUAAUUCUAUCUAAGAAAGUAGUAACCUACAAUGAAUGAUAGAUGAUCGUAGAAGUAGAGAUAUUGUUGUUCUCGCAAAUAAGGAGCACCAGAAAGUGAGCACAGAAUUUCUUGAACCACAGGUAAGAAUUGCAGAACUUCAACCUCUCAUCUUCAAAAUGGGGAAAUAUCAAAUGUGAAAAAAUGUUUUCAUUAGUGACUGACGUAGCAACCAAAUAUCUUUAAGAUAUGAAUGGACAUCUUCAAGGACAAAAGCAUCAACAUCGACAUGCAUGCAUCAAUAAUCGAAGGUCCGGACGAUCUGUCUGCUAUUUGAAACGAAAAAAACUGAAAUCUCCGUGGACCACGUCCUCGUCUAU